AUGAAUAUCUUUCUCAGAUUUGCAGAAUCAAACAAUCUUAAUGUUAUGUUACCAGUGCCAGAUAACUAUUUAGGAUUCGAUAAAACUAUUAAUUUAGACAACAUUUUACCACCGCCAAAACACCAGACAUACAAUAUAUUGUGUCAUCAUGUCAUCUAUAACAGAUCUGUUUUUCGUCAGUACAUGCCACGUGAUACAGUUUUUAUAGCAAUAGUACGAGAUCCCGUAACACAAAUUAUCUCUGCAGCACAGUUUUUCGACCUAUUUAUUGACCUUCGUAAAAAACUUGGAAAAAUAACCGGACAACAACUCAUGACUACUUUCCUUCAAAAUCCUGACAUUUGUACCUCGGAAGAGCAAAAAUUUGUGAAAACUCGAAUGUGUUUAGAUUUCGGAAUACCACGCGAAGAUCUGACAUCCAAAGACAAAAUUAUGUCUCAUUUGGAGUUUUUAAAUAAUGACUUCUCACUGAUUAUGGUUAUGGAAAUGUUUGAUGAAUCUUUGGUUCUUCUCAAGCGAUACUUAUGUUGGGAUAUGAAAGAUAUUGUCUACGUUCCCUUAAACAUCCUAUCAAAACAUAGGGAUGAAAGAGUGGUCAUAGAAGGAAAAGAUCUGGACAACUUGAAGAAAUAUAACUGGCCUGAUUUUAUUUUGUAUGAAUAUUUCAAAUCGAAUUUUGUGAGAAGGAUAAGUGAAGAAGGGAACGACUUUAAUGACGAAGUUAAAACUUAUAAACAAAUACUGUCACGAGUUGGAAGAUAUUGUAAAAAUGAGGAGAAAACAAUGCCAGGUAUACGAAUUGAUAAAACUAGAUGGAAUUCUGAAUUUUUAAUAUCAAAUCGAGAAUGUGAAUUUAUUACCAAACAUGAACUUGUUCUUUUGGAUCAGCUUAGAAGGAAGUACAAACAAAAACUGAGAAAAAUGAAUUCUUAA